AGGACAAAACAAAGACAAAAAGCCAAAAGAAACGUGAGGACAAAAUAACGACCAAAAAGAAACGUGAGGACAAGAAAACAGAAGAAGUCCAGAAACGGAAGACAAAGAAGGAUGAGCUGAAUGAGAGGCGAGCACGGGUCAAGGUUGUGCCAAAUGACCAGCUAACCCCAAACCCUAACAUCAAGGUGGUGCCAAAGGACCCCAUGUUUGAGGUCAAAAAUGAGAAGGAGAUCCCUGAGGUGUCCACGUUUGUCCAGUGCAAGCGCAGCAUCCGGGCCGUGCUGACCAAUGACAUGAACCUCCUCAAGAAGCUGAUCGAGGACAGGGACCUGCCCUCUGUCUUCCACAAACGGGGUGUUGACGUUCCGAGGACGGCUCUUGAUUACGCAGUGAGGACUGAGAACCAUGCUGCCCUGAAGCUGCUGCUCACAGAGAUCGACAGUGGAAGAGAGCGGGCCAGUCUGCCAGAGGUUGUCAUGAAAUACCAGAGCUCUGGCAGGGUGGCUUUCUCAAGUUCUGGUCACCAAUCAAGAAACAUUUUCCUUGGUCGAGGAAACAAGGAAGGAAAUAAUGCCUUCACAAAAGAUACCCAGAAUGCAAACCCCAGGCACCAGUACAUAGAUGAAGUGAUUGAAUGUGGUGUAUCACUCAGCACCAUCGAUCUGAUCCUUGCUACAGAUCCCAACGCAGAGGAGCUGCUGUUCAGGAGCAUCCACAAGAUAGCCCGAGAAGGUCAUUACAAGCUGGCUGGCUACCUUGUUGAUAAGGCUAGGAAGCUUAGUCGCCUUGGGUUCAAUAAAGUCCACCAGGAGGUCCUACUAGCAGAGCGGCCGGAGGACCUGUCUCCUUGCUUGACAAUCUCGGUCAAGAAAAAGGCGUACUACGAAGUGGAUAAGAUCACCCCGGUCCACUUUGCUGCUAUAAACCCCAAUCCCAAGAUUCUGGAGAAGCUGAUGUCCAUUUUGCCGGAGUAUGCCAUCGAGGAUGAUUACGGUCUGAGACCAAUCCACUAUGCCGCUGCAUGUGAAGGGAGCGGUCCACUUGAGUUCCUUCUGAAACGAGGUGUGAAUCCGGAAGAGAAGCACAAGGGAGGCGUCACCCCACUAAUGAUUGCCUCAAAACGUGGACGAGCACAGAACGUUGAGGUCCUACUCAAGAAGAUUGAAGCUGACAGUGAGCCAAAUGAGCAGACUGGGGUACGACGGAAGACAGCAGGGGGAAAUCUGGCUAUUCAUUUUGCAGCUGAAGGGGGGAACGUCGAUUGCAUCCGUAGUCUAGUCAACCAUGGAGCUGACAUCGAGUCCAAGAUGGGGUCUUACCACAACAAGAUCACCCCUCUCAUGAUAGCUACGAAAUACGGUCACUUUGAGCUGGUGGAAGCCCUGCUAGACAUGGGAGCGGUCAUCCAGCAGAAAGACAAAUUCAACCGGACUGCCCUGAUGCUGGCCUGCAUGAAUGGCAACUACCCAAUUACGGCCCUCCUUCUGAGGAGAGGAGCCGACCCCAAUUCCCAGGAUUCCUCAGGCAACACUGCCACGCACUACGCUGCUGCUUAUGGCUGGUGGCACUGCCUCAACCUACUGCUGGAGGCGGGUGCUGACCCAAACGUCCCCAAUGAUUGGAAGACUCCACCCCUGGGCGUGGCCUUCAUGAAGGGCCACAUCGGCUGUUCGGACCUGCUGCUGGGCCAGUCGGCUGUGGAUGUCAACUUCCGAGACAACAGCGGCGCCACCAUGCUGUCACUGACCGCAGCCAGCCCCAUGACCAGCGACAUGGUUGGGCAGAUGCACUACCUGAUGGGGAAGAAGGCCGACCUGACCCUGGUGGACAUUCACGGCCGGAACGCGCUUCACUACUUGGCAACAAGCGGUUUACCCAGCAGUUACAAUGAUAAGAUCAAAAAUGCUGUGGAGACUGCCAAACUGGAUAUGGCCAAGUUACUGAUCCAGAAAGGAUGCAAUGCCUCGGCCAGAGACAAAGAUGGAAACACUCCCAUCAACAUUGCCCUGCAAGAGGCUGGGAGCGGUUCCAUGGAACUGGUCAAACUGCUGCUGGACGAAGGGUCCAGCCUGUCCCUGAAGGAGAGAGAGGACGAUGGGGGAAAUGCUCUGCACACCAUGGCCAGGAACUGUAGGAACAUGAACAUGGGUGUGCUGUUACCCAUCGCUGCUAGGAAUAUAAAGCAGGAGAAAUCUCACAUGAAGACAGGGCUUGCAUCUCAGGCUUUGGAGCAUGUGACCUUAGAGGAGGCAGCUCAGAAGAUAGACGACGAGGGGUACACACCCUUGCUUAGGUGUGCGGCCAACAGCUACCCUAGCAUGGAUGACGAGCAAAUAGCAAAUGUGCUGAGUAUGAUGGAGGCUCUUGUUGAGUUUGCCAAGUCCGACAUCAGUGCUGUCGUGGCGGACGCAGAUGAUGACGAAACUCACAGGCUUUGCAGUACACUUCAUCUGGUUUGCAGCUCCACGCCUCUCCUGACAUUGCUCUUGAAGUGGAAGCCCCAGCUGGAACUGUUCAACAAGGACGGCUUCACUCCGUUGCAUCUGGCAAUCAAGAGGGGCCAAAGGGAGAACACAGAACUACUGAUCAAGGCCGGAGCUGAUGUCAAUCAGUGCACAAGAGACGCCGACGGAGAGAAGAACACCCCCCUUCUGCUGGCUGCCAGACAUAAGAUGCAUGAUAUGCUACCCAUCUUGGUUGCCAGCGGUGCCAAUAUAAACGCUGUUGAUGUCCGGACUGAGAAGACGGCCCUUCAUUAUGUGAUGAAUGAAGGGACAAGUGUGACUGAGAUCUUAGCCAAUGCCAAAGUCCUCCUGGAGAUCGGGGCCGACCCCAAUGCCCUUGAUGGCAAGGGCAGGACCCCACUUCACUAUGCCGUCAACCUGGACACGGGAAGUUUUGACGGCUCCCCCAGUAUCGCCGAGUUGCUCAUCAAAUAUCGUGCCAACAUGUUUGUCCAGGAUGUCAGAGGCAGAUUGCCCCUGCACUAUGCAUUUGUGAAGAUGAAAAAGCACCGAGACAAGACUCAGACAGACCCUAUCGAGAUUGUGACGGUGCUCCUGGGUGCCAUGAAGGGAAAGCAGGUGGACACCCAGGACAAGUUUGGGCAGACUCCCCUUCACUGGGCAGCCUACAGGGGGUCGACCAUCUCAGCCAAACACCUUGUGGAAAAAAGCAAGAAGUUGGACAUUAAAGACAAUCACAGUAACACGCCCCUAGCUAUGGCUGUACUGGGAGGCAAUGACAGUGUGGCUAUCAUUCUGAUUGAGGCCGGAGCGAACAUCAACCUCACUGUCACCUUUGUCCCGCCGUCGCUGGAAGACCCGGCCAAGGGUCAGAGGGAGAGCAGGAAGCUGUGGGUAUGGAAGCCCCUGGUCAAGCCCCGGCCUGUUCCCAUUAAGGCCCCAUUUGUCCAGGCCGUGGUGGCGGAGGGCUGGCAGAACGUCAUCUUCCUGGUCAUGGCACGGCUGGAGAAAUUCCAGCUCUCUUACAUCUGUGUCAUGCAGGCCAUUUUUGAGUCUCAGAAACUUCAGCUUGCCAGCACCAUGCUCCUGAAGCAGCCUGAUGAUAAGAAGGUCCAGGCCACCAAUAGCAGGGGCCGUAACUUCCUGCAUCUGCUCUCCAUACAUGCCGACUCCAGUGAUUCGCUUGAUCUCUAUGAGCAGAUUGCCAUCCCCUUGCUAGAAAGAGGCGUAAAGCUUUUUGCCAGGGAUGACAAGGGUUGUACCCCUCUCCACUACGCAGCCGCCAACCAGAAUGCGGCUCUCUGCAAGCUCUUGGCUGAGAGGGACGAGGCUAAUUUCAAGAAGUCUCUGAAUUGCAAGGAUGGUAGAGGGCGCACUCCGAUGGCAGCAGUCUUCUGGAACAUUGGCUUUGACCUGUCCACCAUGGCAGUCAUACGACUCUUCACCAAAUUCAACGCCUCACUGGACCUCCAAGCCCCCCUGCCGGACGUCCAGGCGCGCGUCCCCCAGCAGCGAGCCGACACCCUGGACGCCUGGUACCACGGCUCCCCGGCCAAGUCGGCAUCCCGCACCCCGCUCAUUCUCUACAUCCACACCAACGACUUCCACGGCUGCCAGUUCCUGCUGCAGAACGGGGCCAGCUGCAACUACGCCGACGAGGACGGCCUGACGCCACUCAUGCAUAUUGUCAGGCAGAAUGAGCUGGAUCUCUUGCAACUUCUCCUGAACAACGACUUUGAAAAAGCCUUUGUCGACUGGUCAGCUAGGCGGAUCCAGGAAAAAUCUCUCUCCACCUGGGCUGUCAAUCUGUGGGAACAGAGAAGUGAGCACGUGCAGGAUCCUGUCAUUUUAUUGGUUGCACCACGAAAUGACGUGUGCAAACAUUUUUAUAUGCCAUGGAGUGAUGCAAAGUCCAGAAACUUUGCCCACACAGUGCAUCAGUCCCUGUUGUGGCAACUAUCCAUGAUAUGUCAAUUUGUGAUGCAACCAACAAUUUAUAUAGGUGGGACACAUAAUGGAGCCCGCUGUUAUCCAUACGUUGGGGGAUUUAUCAUGAAUAGAGAAGGGCAUUGGCAUUUCUUUCCACAUCAGGCCGUCUGUAAUUAGUGUUAUAACACCUCACCCACAGAUUCUGUAUCUUGAUUGGCUGAAAGUACGCCAUGUGAUGUUUGCUACUUAUAAUUAAAAAAUUGCUUUCUUGUCAUCUUAAGGUUAUCAUUUAGUUUUCAUUUUUUCUUGGCAGGAAAUUCUAGACAGGGUUGCUUUUUCCUUUGUUGGAGCCAAAAAUAAGGGCCGGUCAGAAAGGAGAACCAUAGAAUUGGCUCCUGGUGCUCUUACAUAUAUCUGUUCCUCCUACAAGGAUUUUUCAAAUGGCUUGAUGCAAUCUAGCCUGGAGUUAAGGGCAUGAGGUGUUGCUUUAGUAUUUAGACAUGCAUGUAUUAGAAGAGAUAUUUCAAAGGAUUGGUUCAGCAGAUGACACAUACAGGACGGUCAAGGAAUGGAAGGCCUCAGCAAAGAGCUCAAACAGUUGACCCUAUGGUAAAAGGGGUAUUUGAUUCACACAGUUAUUGUACCUCGGAGAAACAUUUAACUUUUUUAUUGAAAAUUCAAGGAAAACAAUAAAUGUAGCAUUGUGUUUUUAAGUCCAGGCGUGUAUCCACCUCGAGCAGAAGCACCCCCUCAUCGGUUGAAAAAAGUCAUGUUGGUCGGGAGUAUUCAUUUUUUUGGUAGCGAUGCGGCCAUAAUGUGUGCAUUUCCAAGUCAUUCCUGAACCAGCGAAGUUCAGUUUUAACCAAAGGAGCCUUGGUUGCCAAGAAAAUAGCGCCCUCUCUUGGUCCAGCACAAGAUCCUUAGACUGGACA